AAUCUAUGAGUUCGUUUUCGUGUUUAUCAAAUAAAUACAGUCUUUUCCAAGGUAAAAGUACAAUAGGUUGCAACAAUUCAACAAAUUUUUGCGGGAAAUUUUCUUCAUGCGCCUAGGUUAGUGAUGCAAAUGGGUUAAUAAUGUCUGGAUGUUGCAGAGAAGAUUAUCUAUAUCGUAGUGCAUCCAAUAUCAUAGUGUAUAUUCUGAUUAUACCACUAAUUGGGAUUGGCAGUUUGGGAGCUUUAGGAGGUAUGAUUGGAGAAUUGAAUAUUAGGUGGUGUGGUUAAAAGGCCAUUUCUGGAGGCUGUUUUAAAUUUCAAUUCAGGUCCUUCAGGAAAUAUAACUGCAUGCUUGAUGUUUGGAGCGCAACUGGUUAAUUAGAUAAUUAUCACAUUCUAGAAGUAAUUACAUUAUGGAAUUUUAGACAUCCAUACCAUCCUCAGUGUCCGGCUGUAAAUUACGAAGUCGGAAUGAUUUAUGCGUUGGCUAUUCCACUUUCUAUGCAAUUUGGAGAAGAAUUAGCAAGUUAUAUGCCAUUAUUGCCAGUUUUAACCUUAUAGAUGAUGUUUUUUAUUGUCAUUCUUCCAAUUUGUUUAUUAUAUGCGAAAAGACAAGAAGUUGUUGAAUAAGAAUUGGAUGAAGAUUACACUGAUUCUCAUAUCUCUAUGGCAUCAGCUUUUAAAGGCUCAAUCUAAGAUGAAGCAUAAGCAGCAUUAGUGUAUAAAUAAUUUUUGAAUGAAUCUCAUUAAAUCCUUCCUCUCAUUCCUGUACUAAUUGCUUUUGGUAGUUUUGCAGCUAACGAAGCAGUGAUUCUAUCAAGAUCAACUCUUAGUUAAAACUCGCCUUAUUUUCAAUCCAAUGAAUAAGACCAAGAGUCUAAUCCUAAAUUGAGUCCAUGCAAUGUUUGGAAUUUCUAUAUGAUGAUUCUAUUGUUUGCUGUGAAUAUUUUGAUUACUGGAACUACAUUAUUGGUAUACAGAAAAAAAGAAGAAAUAAAGGACACUGUCAGAUAUAAAAUGAAAGAAAGAUAUUUUACACCAACCCGAAGAUUUUUUAAAAUAUACGGAGCUGGAUGUGCAACCGGUUUUAUUGCUGGCUUUUUGGGAAUGGCAGCAGGUUUAACCAUGUUUGUAACUAUGGUUUAAUUUGGUUUGGUUGCAGCCUCUGCAGGAGCAACAGCAAACUAUGGAUAUUUUAUUGUAUGCUUACAAGUAUUUGUAUCAUUCAUUGUCAGCGAUUCUGGAAUGCCAAUUGGUGAUCAAUUCUUUUUCUACGGAAUAGGGGUAUAAUAUCAUAAUACUAAUUCAUUAGAUUGUAGGUGUCCUGGUCUUCACAAACUUAGGUUAUUAUUACAUAAACAAAUACAAAAUUGGUCAUAUUUUAUUUUAUAUUGAUUUUGCCAUUGUAGUCUUAAAUAUUGCUGGUAACAUUGCAUGGGGAAUAGAAUAAAAUGAUAGAUGGGGUUUUUAUUCCAUUGUAAAUAUAUCUAACACCUGUUCUGAUUGA